AUGCACGCGUCGUCCGCGUCCGUCGCCGCGCGGGCGGGCGCCGCUCGCGCGACGACGACGACCAAAAGGCCCGUCGCGUCCGCCAGAUCCGCCGCCUCAAACAACGCCAGCGCGCGCGCGCGCGCGCGCGCGAGCGCGAGGGACAACCCGGGGUUCGACCCGAACGAUCCGAUGACGUGGAACGCGUCCGCUGGCGGCGACGGCGAGAUGGGGUUCACGGACAUGGGCGCGCCCGUGGACGACCUGAUGCAGCUCGACGACGCGCAGCUCGCGACGCUGCUCGGCGCGGACGGCGCGACAGUCCCGGUGAUGCUCGACGGCGAAGGCGUCGUCGUGUCCUCCGCCGGCGCCGCCGCCGACAGCGGCGAGCUCGAGGCCGCGCCCGCGCCGGAGUUCACGCUCGCUCCCGAGACGGCCGCGGCGGCGAUCGACAAAGGCCUCGCGCAGUACAAAGAGGGGAACGUCGAGGAAGCGCUCGCGACGUUCACGUCCGCGCUCGACCUCCCGGGCUCGGGACCGAUUCGUCGACGGAGGGCGAUGGUGAAACCCGCGGGGCCGUCGCUCGGGUUCGAAGACGCGGACGUGAGCCUGAACGAGCAGAUCGCGAUCCACUACAACUGCGCGUGCUGCUACGCGAAGCUCGGCGACGUCCAGAGCGGUCUGGUGUCGCUCGUGCGGAGCAUGGAGGCGGGGUACGACGACUACGCGAACGUACGCGGCGACGACGACAUCGCGUCGCUGCGCGCGGAUGACCGGUUCGAAGGGAUCAUGGCGCGGUUCGAGCCGCGGGGGGUGUUGGAAGGGGUCAUGGACGCGCUGUCGAGGGGGACGACGAACCAGCAGAGGAAGAGCGGCGGCGCGCCCGCGGGCGGGGGCGGCGGCGCGCUCAUCGGGGGGUUCAUCGACGCCGUCAAGGGGAAGCUCGGCGGGAAGUGA